GGACUAGUAGACAACAUUCUGUUCCGGCUUAGAAACAUUUACAAAUAAAAGCCGAGGCGAGAGUGAGAGAGAAUCAUAAAACAGCAGAGAGUGAUCGACGUCGUCCCAAAGUCCUGCGAUUCACUUAUGAAGAACAAAUUCAGAAACCACCUAAGAUGAUGUGGAGACUGUUACCCAUCUUACUGAUUGGAAGGCUGUAUGUAACUCAGCAGACAACAGAUUGCUGCAACCAGCCAAUGAUUGAUUUGACUGACAAAAACGCAUCUCAGUCUUCGAGCUCCACUAAUGAGUACAGCCGACUGACCAACGCUGACAGGGCCUCUGACGGGAAUCGCUCCACAUGUUCUCUCACCCUGAUUCAAUCUAACUCCUGGUGGAGAAUUGACCUGCAGGGCGUUCACAACAUCUCCUGUGUCUGUAUAUACAACAGGAACUGCUCGAGUCUGAACUUAAAUGCUGCCGAGAUCUACGUAGGAAACUCUCCAAAGAACAACGGCAAACUAGCCUGCAACAUCACAGAGUUCAACGAAGGCCAGAUAAACGUCUUCAAGUUCCCCAAAUCGGUGUUUGGGCGCUACGUGACGGUGUUCAGACCAGGACAAAAAGCCAUGGUUCUUUGUGACGUGAACAUCACUGGCACAGCGUUAGAACCUCCAUUCUGUGAUGACUGAUUGUUGUGAAGAAUCCCUGAAAAACUGAGGAGAAAAUCAGAGAUCGGUUCUGAAUCCUGGAUGGACAGAGGCAGACAGAACGGCCCUCUGUUUGAAAUGUUCGUUUUUAUUUCUGUCCUUUUUUUGGGUGGUUGGUUUGAUUUUCCUUCUUUGAGCAAAACUUAUUAUGUCAUAGUAAUAUUUAUUUGAAUUUGUAUCGGAAGGUUCUGGGUUUGUAUAGUGUCAUUCUCGCUGAUAUUAUUAUGAAGUAUUUGUGACGUUUAAUGCUAUAAAGCUUGCUGUAAAUGACCGCUGAUGACCAUUGCUUAUUAGGUUGUUUUACUGUUUUAUCAGAAUAAAUGGAGAAGUACAGUAAAUGUUUAUUUUUCAUUAAAGUAUCAAACAUCACAAAGUAUUUUACACUGAAAUAAAUGUCCAAUUUUUGAAAUUCUGUACGUCACUCAUUUAGAGAACUGAUUUAGCAGCUUUGAGUGCUUUUUUAAUGGUAAAGAGACGAUUUCAAACAGUGAUUUUAGAAAUUACUUCAACUGCAGUCAAAAUUAUUUUUGCUAUCUGUUGGGGCCUUGGAUUUCUUGUCAUGAAGGGAGUAGAAAAGUUGCUGGGAUAUCGGAUUAGAGAUGACGUUUCAGCAGAGGGCUCACCUGCUGACGAUGAAAGAUUUAAAUACUUUGGUUUUGACAUUGUCGCCAAAGACAACGUGAAAGACGAUGGCAUGCUAGCAGAAAGCAAAGAGGACUGGAGAUGGAAAUACUUUGGUUUGGAUGACAUUGUCCCUGAAGAUCAACAGGACAUGGAAGCUUCCUCUAACUUUACCAUCAAUAUGGAUUUGACAGUCAAGACAUCUGAAGACACUGUUGCUUUGGAAAGCGACUGUGUUCCUGAAAUCAAAACGGAGCUGCACUUGGAACAUGUGAUGAAAUCUUUGAGGAUUCAUCAGAGGAAGAAACCUCUUCAGUUGACGCAAACUCAAACGAUGAAGAUGAAGCUCUGUCUUACUGCAGAGGCAACCACAGAGAUCUGGCCUCCAUCUUGAAUGAACAGAUGCAGACCUUUGCUGAGCUGGAGGCUGAGAAAGUCAACAGUCCCUUCAUUUGGAUCGGACUUCGCUACACCUGCACUCUGGACUUCUGGUUCUUCUGGUUCUGGGUUGAUGACAACGUUGUAAAGUUUAAUUGCUGGGAUUGGGAUGAUUAUAAAGAAGACUGUGACAUGAGUGGAGGCAUGGAGAAAGAAGGAGACCAUCGCUGGUUCAGCAAGUCUGACUAUGAAGAGUUUAAUUUUAUCUGUCAGUACCAGUGAGAUUUAGGACUUCUACUUUAUUUCAAUUGUGGUAUUCCUUUGUGACCCGGUUUUUGUUUUUAAGAAUCUAAAACGUUCAAAUUAAAGAUAAAACCAAGAAAAACAAAUAAAUCAAUAAAACACAAAUUUGACUUAAAA